UCCUGGGGGGGGAGGGGGGAGGGGCCGCCAUGGACGCCCCCGCGGCGGUGGCGGGGGCUUCGGGCGCGGUGGACCCGCAGCUGCAGCACUUCAUCGAGGUGGAGACGCAGAAGCAGCGGUUCCAGCAGCUGGUCCACCAGAUGACCGAGCUGUGCUGGGAGAAGUGCAUGGACAAACCCGGGCCGAAGCUGGACAGUCGGGCCGAAACCUGCUUCGUGAACUGCGUCGAGCGCUUCAUCGACACCAGCCAGUUCAUCCUGAACCGACUGGAGCAGACUCAGAAAUCCAAGCCGGCCUUCUCGGAGAGCCUGUCCGACUGAGCGGGAACGACCGGAGCGGGAGAGGCGGUCCGGGGUGGGCGGUCCGUCCCCACCCCUUCUCGGCCGGCGGGAUGAGCCACCUGCAGCUCUUGGUGGGGCUUGGGAUCGGUGGGGGUGGAGGUGUGUAUGAAUUUGUUUCUAAGGUAAUUUGGGGAAAAUUCUGGGACAGAUGAAUGAAAGGCUGCAGUGGGGCCCUUCGACUUUCCACGGGCCCCUCGGGGUCAGAGUCCCUCUGACCGCUUGCUCUAAGUCACCUCACGCUGGGACCCCGCGGAGAGGAAUCUGACAGCCGCCGCCGGGCCUGUCAGCGGCGCACUCGCGGAUGGGUACCGGGCAGGACCCACACCCGCCUCUCAGCGGGAGGGGCGGCCCGGUGUCGUCAACGCCAGGCCCCCCACCGCCGGCCCGGGCCUCCGGGAAAGCAUCUCGGCUCCGAGGAUCGUCCGACGCCCUCGCCGACCUGUUCGACUUCCGCCCUACCGGGUCGCUCGUUGGCUCUGCCGAUGGAGCGGGAGGCAGAGGGUGCCGGGGUUGGGGCGUUGAUGCCCCAGCUCCUACCCCGGGUUUCAGGGUCUGCGGUGACUGGAAGUAAAUUUGGCCAGGCACCUAGCAGGCAGCUGUUUUCCGGAAGAGAGAGAGCUGCGCGUCUCAGAUGAAUCAGGUCCGAUUGAUCGUUCCAUUAACGGCAUUCUUCCGAUCGAUGAAAUAAAAGCCCGUAUGCCUCUUUGCAUAA